AUGCCAGUCCACUUGUUCGCUAGCGCAGUAUCCUUCGCCGUCCCUACGGAAUACUGGGCCUCUCUCGCAGCCUCCUUGGUCGCUAUCUCCUUGCUCAAAAGUUGGUCUAAAGGUGCAAAAGUUCUCGACCCACCUCGUGCUGCUUUGCCCUCUUCUUCCUUCAGUCCUAUCCCGCCGCUUCCACAGGAUCUCUUCAUAGAUCUCCAUGGACGCGUUAUCUUAGUGGCAUCCGGCGCAUUCACUCCACUAGGUGUUGUCACUAUCUCAGCAUUGGCUCAUCGAGGAGCACAGAUCAUCGCUCUCACUCCCGACAUUUCUUCGCCUGACGUGAUCCAGCUCAUCCAUCUUAUCCGAGACUCGACUCAAAACGAACUGGUCUAUGCUGAACAAUGCGAUAUUGGGAGCCUCGAAAGUAUCUCUGCCUUUGCAGCACUAUGGAACUCAGGCGAUAAGAAACAGCCCGAGGGUGUGAGACGACUCGAUGGUCUUCUCUUGCUCCCACCUACCCGCGACCAACUAGAUCGAGUACAGCUCCCAACCAACUCCGCACAGAAGCGGAGGAGGAGAGAUGCGGUCUACCAACUCCACGUGCUCUCACGUUUCCAUCUCAUCAACUCUCUGCUAAGCAGCCUCUUGGUCCUGCCGAGGGAGAGAGAGAUUAGGAUCGUCUCUGUGAUGUCUCCUUUCUACGCUGCCGGGUUGUCGCAUUUUGAUCUUCUACCACCCUCCUCUCCAUCAAAGAAGGCAUCGAAUACAGCGCAGAAACUGGACAAGAUGGCAGAAUCAAGUUACUCAGCUCUCAUCGGUGCCGCUUCCUUACGGUGGUAUACUUUGACAUUGGAACUUCAACGAAGAUUGGAUCUGUUAGCUGAAGCGGAUCCGAGGCCCUGGACGAAGCUGCCAGGCAUUGAUGUACAGCAUGUCAAGACUGCUGCUGCUACCACCGGCAACAGUAAGGGUGGCGAGACAGUGCAAGAAAAGGCAGCGCAAAAAAUGAAACAGCACUCCAACAUUAACAUCAUCAACGUCUGUCCCGGAUUCGAAAGAACCGCCGACAUCAUCGACACCUUCCUGCCUCAUCCCUCUCGCCUUUCACCUCCAUCCUUGAGCUCUCCAACAGCCUCACAGCCAUUACCAGAAAAGGGAAAGCCAUCAAAGACAGCAAGCAUCCUAGAAAGCGAACUAGCAUCCCGUCCGAUCCCUGCUCGCACCGCCAACCCGAUCUCCAUGCUCAUCUUCUACAUCAAAAUCCUUCUCCGCUGGUGCUUGCUCCUUCUAGUGUGGCCUGUUCUUUGGCUUCUCAGUAAAUCACCUGCGACAGCAGCAGAUAGUGUGGUGUGGGCCACGACGAGAAAAGUAGAGCCUCUUACGGCUAGGUAUAAUCGCAUCCUUGCCUCUUUAUCAUCCAGCGGCGAGGAGGAGGGCAAGGAGCCCGAGGUGAGGAGAUGGCAAGAUGCUAUCAUUCCAGCUGAGAUGUAUAGGGAGGGUAGGAUCAUUCGCCCUCAACUUCCGCCUAGAUUUGGUAGCAGCAGACAAGGAGGAGAGGCAUGGGCUAACUUGUGGAAGGCUGAGGAAGAACAAGUUGAGAGAAGGCUCAACGCUCUCGGUGGAAGCAUCAAGCGACCCAAGAUCUGA